GGGGGCAUAGAGACAGAAAGAUCGACACGGGUGUAAGGACAGACGGUUAGUUAACUUCUGCGAAGCAACGGAGAUUUUUUUUUCCUUUGGCCUUUCCCUUCUUCGUGCGGAGGGGUCUCCUGCAGGAAGAGGAAGCGGCAGUGUCCAGGCUGAGCGUCGGACGGCAGGUUAGCCUCCGGAGGACUCCGUGACCCCAUCUGCCUCUGCCUCUCCACCCGCCCCUCCUCCCACCGCUCAGCCCCGCUCCUCUCGGAGUCUGUAAUGUGAGCCUUUGCUGGCAUCUUGCGGGAGAGCGAAAAACCCGAGGAAGAAGGAGGGGGGGAGAGAAAUCGGCAGCCUGUGCGUGGAGGCAGCGGAGAGCCGAACCGAACUCGUCAAACCGCCGGCCGAGCGGGCCACAGCGACCGGAGACCGUCGCAGGCUGUAAACUUCACUGCCGUUGCUUUGCGGAGGAGAAGGGGUGGAAGAGGCCUUCAAAAAUCCCACUGGUGAACGACAAGAAUUCUUGGAGCAGUGUUUUUUUUUUUUUUUUUUUUUUUGGUGAAUUCUUUUUUUUUUUUUUUUUUUGAAGCCAGGCGCUCACUUUUGACCAGUGGUGUCGCCUUGUGGGGUUUGAGCAUGGCCAAAAAGAACAGCCACAAAGACACUUCGGGCGUGGUGUUCGACACGCACUCCAAAAUGGUGAUGUCCCAGGGAGGGACCUUCGAGAGGAUGAAGGAGAAGAUAAAUGCCGUCCGAGCAGUGGUGCCCAACAAAAGCAACAACGAGAUCGUCCUGGUGCUGCAGCACUUUGAGAACUGUGUGGACCGGGCUGUCCAGGCCUUUGUGGAAGGCAGUGCCACUGAAAUCUUGAAGGAGUGGAAUGUAACCGGUAAGAAGAAGCCCAAGAAGAAGAAGAAACCCAAACCGCAGCCGGAGGUCACGGCAGAGCCUGAGCCAGCCGAGCCGGACCCGGCCGAGGCCACGCCUCCCUCCGACGGCCAGGACGCGCUCAACGGUUUCCACGCCAACGGCUCUGUGCUGGACGGCGAUUCGCUGGACUCGCUGAGUGAGCAGCUGGACUCGGCCUCCCUGGAUGCGGCCGAACUGGACUCGGAACCGGCCACGCCCGAUCUCUCCGACGCGACCUCAGGCGUGGAGGUGGACUCCAAACCCCGGACCGAGAGCCAGGCCUCUCACUUCAGCCAGGGUGGGCGGAGUCAGCAGGGCGCGCGCGGAGGGAAGUCCCGGCCCCGGCCCCCCUCCAGUGCCUCGUCCGGGCCCUCCGCCUUCUUCCCCGACGACGGCCCACACGGGGCGGCCAGCAACAGGAAGAUCGCGCCGAACAUCGACCGGUCGGUGAAGGACCUGCAGCGCUGCACGGCCUCGCUCUCGCGCUACCGGGUGGUGGUGAAGGACGAGAUGGACUCCUCCAUCAAGUGCAUGAAGCAGACCUUCGCUGAGCUCCAGAGCUGUCUCAUGGACCGCGAGGUCGCCCUGUUGGCUGAAAUGGACAAAGUCAAAGCAGAAGCCAUGGCCAUCCUGGACGGGCGUCAGAAGAAGGCCGAGGAGCUUCGGCGGCUGACCGACCAAUCAGCUUCCAUGUCUGAGGACCAGCUGAGCGAGCUCCGCGCAGACAUCAAGCACUUUGUGAGCGAGCGCAAAUACGACGAGGACCUGGGGAGGGCCGUCAAGUUCACCUACGAGCUGGAGCCGCUGAAGAAGAGCGUCCUGGGAUUCGGACAAGUGUACCACCCUCAGACGGGCUACUCCAGCCGUUCCCGCUGCAGCUCUGCUGCCUCCUCCAUCACUGGCCCCGGCGCCCCGGAGCCCUCGUCCCCGCCCCAGUCCCAGGCCCCGCCUCCGGCCCAGGCAGGAUAUGGCGGCCGCUCCUCCCAGCCUCACAGACAGGGUUACCAGGGCAACCACCGUCAGAACUAUCACCCCGGAGGUCAACGGUAUAACAGUGGCCCGCACCAAGAUCGGAACCCCAACCGGACCGGCCACCGUUACCAAGGCAACCGUGGGCAGGGGGCGGCCGGCAGCAGCGCCUACCCGCCUUCCCAGCCCAACUCCACUUCCGUCACCGUAAACGGCUCCGCCCAGUCCAACCCCCUCCCGCCCCGUCAAGACUGCCCUGCGACCAACGGGCUGCCCCAGAGGACCCCCCGGACACACUACCCCUGACACCCAGCCCCCCCCCCCCCCCAUGCCCCGCCCCCCCACCACUCACCCACCCACCUCCCAGCAAUGAAGAAUAGAACUGA